AUGACUAAACAGGCACAAGAUAUUGAGGAAUGCAAUAAAAAGGCAAAAAUCGAAUGCAUGUCGCAUCAAAACCGCAAUGCUGUGAACAAAAGAAACAUGAAGGACAUAAUUGACCUGAUAGAUCUUUCUAGAAGCAACAGUAAAACAGACAUCGUUACCAAAUACAUAAACUUUGUUUCUGAGUUUGUACUACACAAGGCGAAGCAAAUAUGCAACCUCAGAGGUGGAAAAACAGUUUCUGCAAACGACAUAAAAGAAACAAUCAUCUCAGAAAGUUUAUUUUUUCUAUCUGAUGUUGAAGCAUUAUCAAAUAAACAGCAUGAUUAA